GGGGAAGAGGGAAAGCGCCCGGACUGGCGGACUCCGGGAGCCGCGGGGAGUAGCGGGGAGCAGCGGCGCUCCGUGAGUGAUCUCCGGGACCCGGGGACGGAGGCGACCGGGAGAAGGAGGGGAAGUUGGACGGAGGAUUGCAGCUUGGUUACUGAUGGCUUCCCCUAAAAUUGCUUCCCUCUCUUGGGGGCAAAUGAAAGUGCAAGGCUCUACCUCAACCUACAAGGAUUGCAAAGUAUGGCCCGGAGGCAGUCGGGCUUGGGACUGGAGAGAAACAGGAACUGAGCAUUCCCCUGGAGUGCAGCCUGCAGACGUGAAGGAAGUCGCUGAGAAGGGCGUGCAAACCCUGGUGAUUGGCAGAGGGAUGAGUGAGGCCCUGAAGGUGCCGCCAUCCACUGUGGAGUACCUCGAGAAACAAGGCAUUGAUGUGCGGGUCCUCCAGACGGAGCAGGCGGUGAAGGAGUAUAAUGCCUUGGUUACCCAAGGGGUCAGAGUGGGAGGCGUCUUCCAUUCCACCUGCUGAUGGAGCCCACGGAGGGGAAUAAAUCACUAAGCAAUGA